AUGGCUAUGACAUUAUUUUUCUUCCUCCGUUUUUGGUAUCAGCACAUAUUAAACUUAUUAGAAACAUAUCCCAAUUUUAUCAGUUUAAAGAAAAAUUUUUUAGCUGAUCAAAGUUAUUCUAUUUUGGUAUCUUUGGCAGAGUCUAUAGUUCUUCUAGUAAAAGCACAUCGGGAAUAUUAUCCAUCAGUUCCUUUACUUCUAUGGAUGCAUGGUUCAGAAGCUGCUGAAUACUUUUUUGGUAUAACUCGUCAGAUAAACCCUGAUUUUACUUUUGCUGAAUUAAUUUAUAUUGUUCCAAAAAUUGCUCAAUAUUCUAAAGCACUGAGAAAUGAUAAUUUUAUCUAUGCAAAAGAAAAAUCAGUACGUGAAGAAUAUCAUUUUGAAUAUAAUAAUAUGGACUUAAAUAUCGAGCAACUUAAACUUUUAUGUGAUUGGCCAACAGAUUCUGCUAUACGUAGUAUUUUUAGCAAUUCUUUUAGUCUUGCGACAGAAUUAUGUGAGACAUUGGGUAUACAUGUUCCAGCAGAAAACAACUUCAACCUAACUUACAUGGAACUGAUAGUUUUAAUUCAAAAUCGGAAGGAUUAUGAUAUUUCAAUGGACAACGGAAUGAAUAAUGAAUCAAAUGAAGAUUCAUUUUUAAAGGAAAAUGAUAUUUCUAUGGCUAUUGAUAUAGCUUCAAAACAAACUGAUUCUUUUUCUUCAUUAGAUGAUGAUGUUCCUGAAUUAGAUAUUAAAGAUUUUGCUAAACAAGUUGACUUAGUGAAAAUUACUCAAUCUACUUAUCACUUUUAA